AUGGCUUCAACCAAACUACCGAUUCGCUACCAGGAUCCCGAGUAUCAGGAAACUCACCGAGCAGUGUUUCAAGGAUCUUUGACUCGGCCAUUGAAGCAGGUGCUGCCACCAGGCGUAACACAUGCUGACUUCAAGCUUGCUAUUGAAGAAUUUGUACGUGCGCUUGGUCCCGAUGGAGUCAUAGUUGGCGAUGCCAUAUCGGACUACGUCGAUCCAUAUGAGCUGUACGAGGACAAUGAGUCGGAGCGGAAAGUUGCGAGCGCGGCUGUACUCCCUCGAUCAGUCGAGGAACUUCAAUCAAUUUUGAAAGUCGCCAAUAAGUACACUAUUCCAUUGUGGACAUUUUCGCGGGGAAAAAACCUUGGGUAA